AUGGAUAAAAGACGAGACGACUUAACGGAAUUAAAGUCUUACACCGAAAAAGUCGACAAUGAUCUUACAAUGAUUUUACAAUCUCUUCAGUGGGACCGAAAAAAUCUAUUACAGAACCCUGUGCUAUGUACUUGCAGAUAUGACUCGAAUCACAAGAUCCCUCCUGAUACGAUUGAAAAACACGAGAAAAUAUGCUUUUUGAGAGAGAAUGGAUAUUCCAAAGAAGAUCAGAUGUUACCGGAGCCUCUGGAUGCAAAUGCGAAUACACUUGUGAAACUGAAGAAAGAAGAUAUCCAGGAAAUGAUUGCAAAUGCAUCAAGAGCAGAUAUUACAUUCAAAAAAGGGGUGGGUUGCCACGGAGCAGAGCCAAUGUCAUUGGAGCGGCUUCAGGUGUGCUACUCGGCAGACGAGCGCCGCGUCAUACACGAUGCUGUGGUCACUGCAGUACCAUCCUGUCAUGAUCUCGCUGACUUGGCAUUACUCAGUGAGAGUAACGAGCAGGGCUCCAAGGUAAUCCUCACGCGCAAAGAGAUCCUGUUGGAACUACGGAACAUGCGGAGGCGGCGCACUAAGUAUCGCGUUGCUCCUAAAACACGCAACUAUUCGGAUGUUUUACGUGAUGUCAUUAAGACACAGAUGGAAGUCUACAAUGAUGUUAAAACUGAAGAAACAAUUCCUAAAGAAACAGUUGAUGAAAACAACAGUCAGUAUUCACAUAAUUUUGACAGAAAUAGACACAACUCAUAUAAUGUAGACAGAAAUAGACAUGACUCAUAUAAUGUUGACAGAGAUAGACACGAUUCCUGUAAUGUUUACAGAGAUAGACACGAUUCCUAUAAUGUUGACAGAAAUAGAAAUGACUCACAUAAUGAUAACAAAAAUAGAUAUGAACAACUUAAAAAAUGGGUUCCUAGACCCAUACAAGUUAAAACUGAAAGAGAAGAACACACAGACAGGGACAGAAUAGAUUACAGAAGGCGUUCGAGGCGAGACUCUGAUGACGACGAAAGACAUCGACAUGGACGCAAAAAGUGGGUUCCUAGACCCAUCCAAGAAGAAGUAAAGACAGAAAACAAAGACUUUAAUGAGAGAGACGUAAGAAGUGAUAGAGGGCAUUCUCGACACCAUUCCAAACACGACGACAGACAUAGAUAUGAGCAUCCGAAAAAGUGGGUCCCUAGACCUAUUAAAAUUGAAGUCAAAACAGAAAGAGAAAAUUCCAGCGAAAGAGAUAGAACCUCUGAAAGCAGACCCUCUAGACGAGACUAUGGAAAUUAUAGUGAAGACAGAGACGAAUACGAAGACUCGGUUCCUAGACCCAUAAAAGAAGAAAUUAAAACUGAAAGAGAAGAUUCCGCAGAGAGACAAAGACGCUUAGAGAGAAGAUAUUCCAGCCAAGAUUUAGGAAUGGUGCCGAGACCAAUAAAAGUAGAAGUAAAAACUGAAAGAGAAGAUACGGAGAGUACUACAGAGCAUAGGAGAGAAAGGUCACAUAAAACUAAUAAUGAUGAAGUAAAUAGGACACAUGAGAGCGAUAGAAGUAGCAGACGAGACCACAACCCUAGAGAAACAAGAUAUUAUGAAAAUAAUGACCAAGAAAGAAUACAAAAGUAUGGAGAGCAUUCACGAAAGAGGAGAGACGGUUAUGAAGAGUAUAGUAAUAACAGAGAUAAAAGGAGAGAGAGACAAAACUACAGUGAUGAUAGAGAAUAUAGGUCUGAAAAGAGACAUAAAACACAUCAUAGAAGUAAUGAUUAUGAUGUUGAAAGUAAGAGAAGAAAAGAGUCAUGGGUAGAUGAAGAAUCGUAUGAUGAUAGGAGACAGAAAAGAGAUGAUCGACGUAAGGACAAAGAUCGCAGACGUAAAGACAAACAUAGACAUAGAAACUAUGAAGAUGGUGGCAGUCGUCAAGAUUAUAGACACGAAGACUCAGAGGAACCAAGUGACAGGAUACAGAUUAAACAAGAAAGACCGGAUAGUGUUACAUCAAGAGAUAACCACGACGGCUGUGAUGACGAGGGACACGGAGAUAGGAAUUGUGCAGGUCAUAGGCGAUACUAUGACGACUCUGGCAUGCAAAACGUAUACGAUCCUAAUAAGAAAAUUAAAACUGAGAAAUAA